AUGGAAGCCACCUCCGCCCGCUACGCCGCCCGUGAUCGCUUCGCCUACCCAACUCAGCCCGCGGAAACCCAACUCCAACGCUUCAUCCAAAAUGCCUGCUCACCCGAGAACUUCGAGCCCAACCUGGCUUUGUCCCUCGAGAUAGCCGAUGUGAUCAAUGCCAAGAAGGGAGGAGCGCCGCGCGAGGCCGCCGUGGCGAUAGUAGGCUAUAUCAACCACCGGAACCCGAAUGUCAGCCUGCUGGCGCUCAGUUUACUGGAUAUAUGCGUCAAGAACUGCGGCUACCCCUUCCACUUACAAAUCAGCACCAAGGACUUCCUCAACGAGCUAGUAAGAAGAUUCCCCGAACGACCACCCAUACGAACGACGAGGGUGCAGAACAAAAUUUUGGAAUUGGUCGAGGAAUGGCGCCAGACGAUCUGCGAGACGAGCAAAUACAAGGAAGACCUGGGCUUCGUGCGGGACAUGCAUCGCCUACUGACAUACAAAGGCUAUGUCUUCCCGCAGAUCCGACGAGAGGAUGCCGCGGUGCUGAACCCGAGCGAUAAUCUAAAGAGUGCGGAUGAAAUGGAGCAAGAAGAGCGAGCGGCACAGAGCGCGAAGUUACAGGAAUUGAUACGGAGAGGCACCCCCCGAGACCUCCAAGAAGCCAACAAACUCAUGAAAGUCAUGGCCGGCUACGACCAACGCAACAAAACCGACUACCGAGCCAAAGCCGCGCAAGAAGUCAGCGAGGUGCAAGAAAAAGCCAAGAUCCUUGAGGAUAUGCUGCAGGGGUACAAACCCGGCGACGAAAUCCAAGAGGGUGAUGUGUUCGAGGAGUUGGCCAACGCCCUCGCCUCCGCCCACCCGAAGAUCCAAAAGAUGUGUGAGGAGGAGAGCGAGGAUACGGAGGCCGUGGCGAAAUUGUUGGAGAUAAAUGAUAGUAUUCAUCGGACCAUCGAGCGGUAUAAAUUGGUGAAGAAAGGGGAUCUGGCUGCGGCGAACGCGAUUCCCCGGGGCACGUUGGGGGUGACGGGGGCCGGGGUGAGGAAGGGGCCGGAUAAUGAGCUUUCGCUUAUUGAUUUCGGGGGGUUGGAGGAGGGGGAGGGGGAGGAGGGUCAGGCGACUGCACCGUCGGCGGCAGGGCAGGACCUCAUGUCCGGUGGUGCGCAGUCGGGGAUGGGUUCGGCGAAGGCGAAGGGGAAUGCGUUGGAGGAUGAUCUGUUGGGGUUGACGAUGGGGGAUGGGAGUAUUGGCCAGGAAGGCGGGGUGUCCCUCGGUGCCGGACCCUCGUCAUCAUCAUCAUCAUCAUCGACGAACGGCACGGCGGAUAUCAUGGCCCAGUUCUCCCAACCCUCCCGGCCGACAACCCGACAACCCCAAGCCGCCCACUCCAUCUUCUCCUCCUCCUCCUCCUCCACAGCACCACCAGCACAAGGAGCGCACUACGACCUCUUCGGCUCCCUAUCCACUCCCGGCGCAGUGGGUUCGAGAAGCGCCUCCUCGAAACCCGCGACGCCGAUCCCCUCGGCCCUACAAUCACAACAGCAACAAGCGGCGAAGCGGUCGUCCGCUGAUCCUUUCGCCGCACUAGCCGCGACGUCCACACCGCCGCGACAGGCGUCGCCGUUUCAGUUCCAACAAGCAACGAGAGCUGCGUCCCAACAAUCAGCAGCACACCCAUCGUCAGGAGCCGUGGAUCUCUUAGGCGGCCCCAUCCCCACCGGACCCAGCAACGGCACCUCUUCCGCCACCGCUCCCGUCGCACCAGCAGCAGCAGCAGCAGACGACGAAUGGACCUUCUCCUCCUCCGUCCCCGCCGACGACCAACCCUCCGACUUAACCGUCACGAACUCCACGAUCCGGACCGUGUUUUCCGUGAAGCGAGAAAACGACACGGAAGUGAUCCUGCAGAGUCGGAUUUCGAAUAACACCCCUCAACCCAUCAACGAUCUGACAUUCCAAUUAGCUGUUACCAAGCCGCUCCCUGGCGCCGAACCAACGGGACGGGAUCACGCAGACGAUAAGGUUAAGGGGGGUGCCGAGGGGGGAGGGGAUGAAGGUCAAGUUGAGGUGGCGGGCGAGUUAUUCUGUCGCUGGGGAGCGGGAGGGGAGGAAUGA